ACCAGGGGAGAGACCUUUGAGGAGUUCUUGCUUCAACAGUGUUUGAACGGAACUUCUUCCUUUCGUCCCGCUCGCUGCUUCUCAACUCGUCUGCAUUCCGGACACGAAGAAACCUUCUUUACUUGAACACUACCGAAAAAAAAAAAAAAAGUCGACGUAAAGCUCUAUUUUUUUUUUUGUACCGUUUUGUUAAGAAAAAGCACAAGAAACGCCAGCCAAGAUGGAGUCCCAAGUGCGUCAGAACUACCACCGCGACUGCGAGGCCGCCAUCAACCGGAUGGUCAACAUGGAGAUGUUUGCUUCCUACACCUACACCUCUAUGGCCUUCUACUUCUCCCGUGAUGAUGUGGCCCUCCCAGGCUUCUCCCAUUUCUUCAAGGAGAACAGCGAUGAGGAGCGGGAGCACGCUGAGAAGCUGCUGUCCUUCCAGAACAAGAGAGGAGGACGCAUCUUCCUCCAGGACGUCAAGAAACCAGAGCGUGAUGAGUGGGGCAGUGGGCUGGAGGCCAUGCAGUGUGCCCUGCAGCUGGAGAAGAACGUGAACCAGGCUCUGCUGGACCUGCACAAAUUGGCUUCUGAGCACACAGACCCUCAUCUGUGCGACUUCCUGGAGAGCCAUUACCUGAACGAGCAGGUGGAGGCCAUCAAGAAGCUGGGCGACUACAUCACCAACCUCACCCGCAUGGACGCCCACAACAACAAGAUGGCAGAGUACCUGUUUGACAAGCACACCCUGGGGGGCAAGAGCUAAACGCAAAGACCCAGGAGUGGGCCUGCUGUGAAAAUCUUAACAAGCAGGGUUUGAAAUAAACACCUUUCUGCUCCAGCUGUUCACACACUGAGCAUGAUUUCACAUCUAAUUUACUUUUUGGUGGUGUUUUUCUGUAAAUGUCAAACGGAAAGAUGGAUGCUCUUUAGAUUGUGGCGUUGCCCGUCAGUCUCUUCGGGUGUUUUUGUGGAAGUUUCUGAUCUGUUUCUAAUCUGAAUAAACAUUUUGAGCUGGA